AUGGGUCGCAGGUCUCUGCAGGUGGAAUGCAGGUGGGCAGGUCCCUCGGCUCUACACAAUGACCCUGCCCACCUGCAUGCCACUGAAGAGGAUUAUGGACCCAUAGAGAAGGAUCUACAGACCUGCCGUUCGUUGCCUGACCGAAAGGUUCCUGUGAGAAAUCUAAGAGAAAAGCAGGGUCAUUCGCAAUUCCUGGAAACAGUCCAGACCUGCGGAUAUCAUUACUUGUCUUUGACGACCUGCAAAUGCUUAAUGGUUGUCCACAAUGGUAUUCGUUAUUUUGCAAUUGGUAGCGAGCCAUACCACAAGCAGAUCAAUCCAGGGUACGAGUUCAAGAAGAUCAUGCGCUCCUUGUACCUUCAUCUUUCAGCCGAAGCCAGAGAAGAGAUGAGAAUGUCUCCUUUUGGGUUUGCGUUCAGGAUGUUUGAUAAUAAUUAUGUGUUUUCUACACACCUCAUCCACAGUAUGCUUUCCCGCCGGCUUAAAACAGAGAAAAAGCACGAAAUGUGGUUUGCCUUCGGCGGUAAGCCUCUCCGAUUCUCCGUACAAGAAUUUUCUGCAGUUACUGGAUUGCCGUGCCAUCUGCCGACCGACUCCGUUCCAGAAGGUUACGGUACUGGUUUGUUUUCUGAGAUAGUAACCGGUGGUAAAGCUAAGAUUUCGUACGGGAACCUGGUUGAUAAUGUCCUGCCGUUUUGCAAUAGAUACCCCACAGCGGACUGUAAACGGCUGAUAUAUUUGAUCAUCAUCGGAGGCAUUUUAAGGCCAAUGGAGAGAAGAGCAGUUAUACUGGAUGAGUUCGUCAGGAUUGCUUCAGACCUGGUGGUUUGUGAACGUUAUCCAUGGGGCCGAGUUGCCUUCGAUUUUUUGAUAGAAUCUGUAAAUAACGCGAUGCAUAAGCUGCGCCAAGAAAGCUACAGCUGCAGCGGAUUUCUUCCUGCGCUUCAAUAUUGGGCGAUGUCCGCCAUCCCGACGCUUGGGACUGCCGUUGCCAAGCCGAUGGCGUGCGAGGGUCCCCUGUAUUUGAGUUGGACGAAUUGCAGAUCGACAAGUAUGAAGAAGGUGCAGGAAGUGGAAUAUGAGAUCGUCAAGUUUGAUUGUCGGGUCAAUUGGAGCCUUCCAUUAAGAAGUGGACAAGUCGUCAACAAGUACUGUGAUGAAGUCGACGAUCCUACCGCCGAGAAUAUUUUGAGGCUUAUCGAUCAAGUGGACAACAGGCUUAUGUCUGUUGAAAGUCAUAUGAAGAUUCUGGCAACACAAUUUGAUAAAGAUUCAAGAAAAAGGCGACGUGCAACAUAUAGUUCUUCUUCAGACGACAGUCUACAGAUCUUGCUGGAGGAGAAGGAGAAUCAGGAGAAGGAGGAGGAGGAAGCGAAGGAAAAGCAGGUCCUGCAGCUCCUGGACGACGAUGAAGAGGAAGUCGAGGAAAAGAAGACGUGGGAGGAGAAGGAGAAUCAGUUGGCGGUAUUCAAGAAAAAGGCGACGUGCAACAUAUAG